AUGUCCUGUGUUUUUUACUUUGAGUCAAAUCAGUAUGUUUAAUUCAUAUCCAACCUUUAAUUGCAUUCCAUUAUUUAAAACGAAAAGAAAUGGAACUUUAGAGUUGAUAUUUUAGAAUCCACCAAUCAAUAAAGUAAGAGAUCAAAAAAUCUUAGUUUUGCAAUUAUAAUAAUAAUACAAUAAAAACCAGGAAAAUUUGCAAAAUGUCAUCUAACUAAGUGAAGGAGAAAACCAAUUCUUUGUUUUUGAUUAAUAAAUUAAACUAGUUUAAGAUGAAAGCAACAAAAAAGAAAAUGGAUUAUGCGUCAUUAAGUCUUCGAAUGAAUUAUUGAGAAUUCUUGAUAGUGCAUCAGUAUUUACCAAAAAAUCAAAGAAAGAGGUCAGAGGAAAAGGAAUAGAAUUUACUCACUCAGACUUUACCAUAAAAAUUGGGGAAUUCAAAAAGAAUGCUAAAAAUGCUAUGAUAUUUUAUGUAAGUGUAUUUUGAUCCUAACAAGUGCUAUUAUAAACCAUAUACAAUUCUACCUCCAAAAGAACUUUUAGAAACCUAUCACAAUAUUUAUGCUGCUUAUUUUUCAUAAAUAGUAAAUUUAGUAAACCUCCCAGAAUUUGAUAAUUAUGAACUACAACUAAAAUAUUACAAAGAUCAAUUGACCAGGUUUUAUCAGGAGGCAGAAAAUAGAGAAAACGAGUAUUUUAAGGAUCAAACAAAAAAAGAAUUGGAAUAUAAAAAAAAUUUAGCUAAAAAUAAGUAUCAAUAAUGUUUCAUUUUAGUGUUUAAUACAUUGGAGAAUUGGUAUUAGUACACCAUAUGAUAGGAAUAUUGAAUAUUAAUUGA